AGUGUCAAGGGACUUCGCAGCGCACCCGCACCUACCACCUGACACGAAGAAGGAGAACGAUGCGGCAGCGCUUCGACUUUCCGGGGACGCAGAACUUGCAGAUGAUGGUGGACAACGCCGUUCUUUACCUCUACUGCGACCUCAGCAGAAGUCUCGGAGCGAGCACCAGCGGCAGGUCGGUGCUCAUCAGCAGCAGCAGCGGCAAUAAGCCCCUCGGCAAGUCCGGCGCCUUCCUUGGCUUCAACGUCUUCACCAAAAGCCUCGAGAAGCGUGAUUUGACCAAUGCAGGGAUUGGGGCGUUGCUCACCGAUGACUUUACCGCUGUUGGUGAUGGCUGCCAGUGGCGCAUCGAGAAGGACGAGAAGACGCUCUGUGUGAAAAUCGACUUCAGCAAAGUCACGGCACGCGCGGCGGCUUCUGGGAAGUCGAUGCUGCUGGCCACCACGAGCGGCAACAGGUCCAUCGCCGACUCCGGUUUGUCCUGCGGCCUCAACUGCUACUACCCCACAUCAGAGACGUUUACCGUCGCGCAGCUGGCGGAAGGGGCAUCGCCAGCAGACGAGCUGCACGUGGGGCACUGCGCCGACCUCGACGGCGGGUUCAAGGUCACCUACGUGGCGGCCAACAAGAUGACUCUUCAAUACACCUACCGCACGGAGGACAUGGCGGACGGCCACGUCGCAUCGAUGCCGGCGUUUCGCCUAAAGGACCUAACCGUGAUGCUCUACGUUGCCGCGGUGAAGGCGGCGCGUGCCCGCACGGAGAGCGUCUCUAUGUCACCUGCGUCCUUGCAAAGUCAAGGCAGUACCGGCGCACACGGUGACUUCCUCAAGGAGGAUGGCAAGGAAGAUAAGGUCCGCAACGUGGUGGUGGCGUGCACGCCAACCUCGGCGGCGGAGGCGUACAAUUUGGAGUUCACCUUUGACCCGACGAAAAACUACGGCCGCUCCUCCUCUGGCAAGUCCUUGACCGUCGCGUCAACGGGCGGGUUUCAGCGUGUGGUGGAUCGCGAAGGCCGGGUUGUGUGUCGGGUGAGCCUGAACGGCUACCGACCGACCCCACCCGUCGCGGACGAUGAGAUCGCGACGGCGGUCGAGAAAGUGCUCUCGGCGAAAGAAGAAGCCUCUCUUGGGGAGCUGUCCUUCAAGGACGUGCUUGCCGAGGUGAUGAGAGAGCUGGGAGCGGGCGAGGCAAUGAAGGAAGCACUGCGUGCGAGGGUGAAGGGGGAGGUGGCGACCUACUUGAAGCGUGUGUCGUCGCCGUAG